AUGAUGGAAGAGCAGGCGAAAGCCGCCAAGAAGGGCAAGAAGAAGGUCGACGCCACGCCCAUCUCGACGACGCCAGGCGCAAAGAAAGUGACGCCCAAGGACACCUUCUUGAGCUACGGCAAAACUUCAACCACAGCCGACAAACCCACUACGUUCGUCGACUUGACAAAGAGCAGGCUGGCCAAGGUCGACGCAGCCAUCAAAGCAGCAGAAAUGGGUCGCAAGCGACCCCGUGAAGAAGAAGUCGCCCCGACGCCUCGACCGGCCUCACAACCGCGCCUCAUCCUGAACAAGGACGACAAGGCCUUGUUCGACGUCUACACCAUGCGUCCAGUGUUUGAUGACGACUUGACAAACGAAGCCAUCCUGUUGUUCCGUCGACAAUGGCAACGCGAUCAGCCAAUGGAGAUGGCCCUGCCGCUCUUGAACAUUACGACUCCGACGAGCCCGUCACCACGUCUCAUCACGAAUCAAGGCGACCGAGCAUUGUUUGAGCGUUACACACGACGCCCACUCCUGGACGACGACAUCUGCAACGAGUUCAUCCUUCUCUGCCGACGCCAAUACGACCGUGACCGUCGUCGUACGAACCCAGCGCAAGCUACAACGUCCCCAGUCGUGUCACAGACGCCCGCUAUGACCAAGACGACCAGGACGUCCACCACACCCGCCCCGACGACCGCCGCCGCCACCAAGACAGCAGGCAGGACGCCGGCCACGACGGCGACAAAGACCGGUAAAGACGCCAUCAUGAACACAUGGUUGAGGACGCCUGAGAAGACCACACCAGCAGCCCCAACGUCGACGCCGGCACCACCGACCACGACACCAGCCGCACCGUCGACGCCACCACGCGCUCCGACAACACCACCGACUCCGACACCAGCUCAACCGUCACCACCACCCAAGCCGAACCGUGGCGCCGGCUGUGGACGUGGACGUGGACAUAGAGGACGUUGGCAAGGCCACUACAGCCGCGCCAUCACGCCGCUCCACACGCGUUACGAAGAACACCAACAAGACGAACUGAAGGAUGGAUGGCGUCCUGUGAUGAGUUCCCUGUUUUGA